UCUGGGCUCCGCUUGUUGAGCGAUCAGCUGAUGAAGAGACUAGCAGCUCGCCGCUAUGCUGGCUUGCUAAUUCUCUCCCCCACUGCUGCUGCAGUCGAUCCUGCUAGCCCGCCGCCUGCAGAUUGCGCUCAGCCUCAAGCGGGAGGGAAGGAGGAGAUGGAGGAGGACGGCGGUCAGAAGAAGCGUAAAGGCGAGCACGGAGACAAGGAGCUCCAGGCGGCGCAGGAAACUGGAGAAAAGGUCAAGCGGAAGCGAGGGCGGCCGCCGGCCGAGAAGCUGCCGCCGAAUCCACCCGAGCUCACCCGGCAAAUGAGCACCCUGGUGGACAUGGUGGUCAACUACAAGGACGGGGUGGGUCGACAGAUCAGCAAAGGCUUUGUCCAGCUUCCCUCCAGAAAGGAGGCGCCGGAGUACUACGAGCUGAUCCGGAAGCCUGUGGACUUCAGAAGGAUCAGGGAACGUGUGCGCAAUCACAAGUACAGAAGCGUCGGAGACCUGGAGAAGGAUAUUUUCCUGCUGUGUCACAAUGCCCAGACCUACAACCUGGAAGGAUCUCAGAUCUACGAGGACUCCAUCGUCAUCAAGUCUGUUUUCGAGAGCGCCAGGCUGCGAAUCGUCACCGACGAUGAGCCCAAACAAACGGUCGCCGUGAGCGGAAGCGAAGGCCGCCAAGCUGUGACGCCAGCAGAGCUCCGAGCGGCGUCGCUUGUCAAGGCGGAUAACGAGGAGAGGAGUCGCAAUCUCACGGCCAAGAUGCUGCCGCUGUACCAAGACCAGGGUGUGGAGGAAAACACCUCCAAGGACGAAGGGUGAACUCUUAUUUUGUAGCCGUCUUCUGUUCUCUCUUCAGUCUCUUGUCAACAUUCUUGUUUCCUUGAGGGACGUGUUUGGAAUGACUCAUCGGCUCUAAUAAGUCACGUGGCUGUGCUUUCAGACACUAUAAUUGUUGUUUACCAUUCAUCUGACUCUGUUUCUUUCAUUUCUCCCUCAGAUAUGAUGUAAAAAGCUGUUUUUAACCAUUAUAUAUUUGUAUCAAAGGCCCUCAUACUGUACGUUUGCUAAGCAUGUUUCACUAUGGGGACAAAAGUAUUGAGACACAUGGUAAAACUUGACUGGGAAGACCUUUCUGUGGGAUUUGUGUCCAUCUGGGGCGAUGAGGUUCAUAGCUGGUGAGGCACUGACUCCUUUGGAGUUUAUUUUUUUCAUAAAUUCUGGAUAAAAGUAUGGAGUCUCACUACUCAACUGACUUUUGGACUGUUUCUGUGGGAAUUUGUGUACAUGCGGUGAGGUUCAUGGCUGGUGAGGCACUGACUCCUUUGGGGGGAAGGUUUCAAUGUUGAAUUCUGGACAAAAGUAUUGAGACAACAUUUUAACAACUAGACUCAGAAGACUUUAAGGUGGUUUCUGUGGGAAUCUGUGUCCGUGUGUGACAUCAUAGCAGUGUUGUGCGGUGAGCUUCAUGGCUGAUGAGGCACUGGCUCCUUUGGAGGUUUUUCUUAUCAUAAAUUCUGGACAAAAAUGAUUGAGACCCAUUCCAACUAUUCCACUGGGAAGACUUUUGGGUGGUUUCUGUGGGAAUUGUGUGCAUGCGAUGAGGUUCAUGGCUGGUGAGGCACUGACUCCUUUGGAGUGUUUGUUUUUUCAUAAAUUCUGGACAAAAGUAUUGACAUCCAUUCCAACUAUUCAACUGGGAAGACUUUAGGGUGGUUUCUGUGGCAAUUUGUGUCCAUGUGUGACAUCAUAGCAGUGUUGUGCGGUGAGGUUCAUGGCUGAUGAGACACUGGAUCCUUUGGCGGGUUUUUUUCCAUAAAUUCUGGACAAAAAGUAUUGACAUCUAUUCAAACUACAUCGACUGGGAAAACUUUAGGGUGGUUUCUGUGGGAAUGUAUGUCCAUGUGUGAUGUCAUAUAAGUGUGGUGUGGUGAGGUUCACGGCUGGUGAGGCGCUAACUCAUUUGGGGGGCUUAUUUUUUACAACUUUAAAUUCCUGUGCUCAAAUCAGUGUUAAUACAGGUUACUCAUUAAGGGGAUAAUUCUCUUGAGGUAAAAAUGUUGUUUUGAAAUACUACGUUGUCUACAAAGUCCAUGCGCCUAUCCUUCUUCAGGAAAGUCUCUGUUACUUUGUUGUAAAAGUCCUCCUCGUUGUCUUAGUUUUAAAAGUCUCCCUGUAGAAAGACGGCAGCGACAAGCAUCUGCCAGCUCACGUACGCCUCACCGUAUGACAUUUCUUUUUUUUUUUUUGCCCGAUUACCAAAAAUAAUGAUGUCACGCUUACCUGAAAGACAUUACACAGGCUGUAGGAAGGCACUAUGUACAAUAAAUGCUUCAUAGGCGUCGGUCAUCUCACGUUUCUCCCCUGUAUUUGAUCAGAAAAUGUGCAAAUUCAGUGAUUUUUACAUUAGACAAUGUUAAAAAAAACAACAACAUUGGAAUCAUAGAGAAAACACAUGUAUAACACGGCUUCAUGAACGAAUAUUAAUAUUUAUUUUAUGUUAUCAUGCCUCACCUGCCUCCCUGACCGUCAUAGGUCACUGAUGUUGGAUCCCAAAGGUGUUUGAUGGACUUUUUCCUCACCAGACUCAUCCAAGCACGCCUUGAUGGACGUUGCUUUGUGAACUUGGAACAGAAAAGCUGCAAAAAUAGAUUUUUGACUAACAAGAUAUUUUUUUAGACGCGUAUUCUUAUCUUAAGUAAUAGUCAUUCAAAUUUUAGUUACACAUCUUAAAAUAAGAUGAACAAUCUGCCAGCAGAACUUUCAAGCACUUUGGCAAGGCAUAAUUUGAGGUUAUUUUGCUUAUUUUAAGUUAUAGUGUAUACACAUCGCAGUACAUUAGUAGGAAAAAAUGUGUUAGUCCAAAAUAAGCAUUUUUUACUUUAAUGUCAGCUCUUAAUUGUCCUUAUAUUUCACUUUUUGCAAUGUAGCUUGUUCUCACAAACAUAAGCAUAAGAUUGAGGGGUGUUUCCAAAUGCUUGAUUUUGGUGGACAUUAUUACUAUUUCCUUCCCUACAGUCGAAAAAUUUAAUAAAAGUGAUUCAUUGUACUUACAAUAUGACAAUAUGCUUUUUUAAAUAACAUAACACCAUUUAUUUUCAUGUGUAAAGUAAAAAUCAUCUUAAGUGUGUAAAUAUGUGUUUAUAUGUCAUUUAAGAUGUCUUUAAGUAUGCUCAAAAACGGUGCAUGGCUCCCCAAAAUGACAGAGGUGUUUCUCAAUACUUUUGUCCAAACUGCGCAUAAUAGUGGAGCAUCAAUGUGUGCAAGCACAGGAGGAAGUUGUUUUUGUUUUGUUUUUUUAAAAGGAGGAAGCAAAUAAAUAAAUGUUUUUUAGGACUCUGAAUGUGAAUUUGUAGCAGAUCCGCCUUUGAUGAAGUAAUGUGAAUAAAACCACCUUAGCAAUAAUUGCUACGAUGGUCCAUCGCAUGAACGUGUGAACGGAGGGCGUCAUUGUUGAGACAAUCCCUGCAAACGUACAUUUCCAAAUACAUUUUGUCAAAACCUUCACCCUGCUUGGUCAUCAUAUAUUCUAUCAGCACCAAAGACAAAUCCAAAAGUACAUAAGAAACUGUGUUUCCUACGGCUAGAAACCUCCUCCUGAAUGUGUGGUAGUCAUGGAGGACACGUCAUGUUGUUGACUGUUGGCUAUUGACCGUUCAUCAAAUGUUAAGGCAGUCUGUGUCGGUGUCACUCUGCCCACACAUCUGUCAUUAAUGAUGUCAAUCGGGGAGCGGCAGAUGAAAAUGUGCCAUAUGGGGAGCUCGGAUGCCAUGGCCAAGUCGCGUGAUGGAGGCGGAAUAUUUGCAUGCCAUGUUGCAGGGGGCCAUAUACUGAAAAUUAAAUUUUCAACUUUAACUGAAAAACAUGCUAAGCAAGGUUCCACUGUAUACGCAUACAGUCACCUUGUUUUUACACUCCUUCUUUGUUUACAUUGUGAUGUUUGACAUUGCUUAUUGUUAAAGGAAAAGUGCACUUUUUUGUUUUUAUUUUGCCCAUCAUCCACAAAAUCCUUAUGUGAGACAUGAACACACGUCUCUCUUUUCUGUGCGUCUAAAGAUAUAAAAACAGCUAAAAAGAGGCAGCUAAGAAUGCACGUGAUGGGAAGCAGCUAUUCCGCCUAUAAAGCCUUCCGAAAAAAAUCUCCAAAAAGCGCCAACAACGCUCCAUUUACAUAAUGUGACCUGCAUAUUCACCAAGCUACAGCUAAAUUGCAGGGACACAAGAGAUGGCCACGGCUUUAAAGGGAUAGUUUGGAGUAUUUGACAUGAAAUUGUAUGAAAUCCCCAUCAGCAGUGUAGUCCAUUAACAGCGACUUGGUCCAGUUCUGGUCAGAUUUCUGUGACGAAGAACGUAGUUCCACUUAGUUGCUGGGGACAUUUAAGUAUAGAGUUUGGCUUCUCAAAACAAUAUGGGUUCAAAAGAGUAAUACGUUUGACUCACAAAAAUGCGUCGAUGAAGAAGAGUGGUAUUACCGUGUGUGUCCAUCACAUACACAUCAAUGGACAGGCCAUAGUGCGCAGGAUUAUGGCAAAAAGUCCGAUUAGGCAUUUUUGUGACGCAAAUGUAUUACUCUUUCGAACGCAUAUUGUUUGGAGAACCAAACUCUUCACUUAAAUGUCUCCAGCAACUAAGAGCAACUACGUUCUUCACCACCAAAAUCCGACCGGAACUGCAUUUAGGAGACUAAGUGCGGGGUAAGUCGCUAAUGGACGACACCGCUGAUGGGGAUGUCAUACAGCUUCAUGCCAAAAAAAAACGAACUACCCCUUUAAGUGAGCUAACUAGUUAUACAUUUUAUACAACUAAAAGAGGGAGCCCACAUACCUGUGCACAACAUACAAAUUGCCCAGUGACGUCAUUCCCUCUUAGGGAAGAACACCGCAUGAAAAACGAAAACUCGUCAAAGCUUCAUUAACAGCAGUGACUUUCCUGAGUUUUAUUUAAGCUCUGUACAUAAUACAAAAAGCACACAGUGCUAUGAAAUGUUAUUUUUAACACAGCAAAACAUUAGCCCCACCGACUGACCUACCUGAGCAGUUCCAGAAGACGACUGAAGAAGAGGAGCCCGCCAGAAUGACAGGAAAUGAUGUCACCGUGACGUCAACGUUCAAAUAAAUGCAAAUAAAAUAAAAGACUGCUCAUAAAAAGUGCACAUGACAACAAAUACAUACAUAUCUGAGAAAUGAAUUACUGGUGAAAUUACAUCAACUCAAUCAACACAUCACUUACUUCAGUCAACCAUCAAGAGAAAACAUGGCUGCCGACGUUAGUUAGCUUGUAUUGUUUUGUGUUUGUGAAUGACCAAUUUGGCUCUCUUUAUUAAAAUAAUAAGAAAAAAAAGCAUUUCAAGUUUGUAAAAGCCAUUUCUUUUCUUUAGCUUUUCUUUGGACCGUGUUGCUAUAAAACACCAGACUUUGCCUUGGCUUGUGUUCUCCCGCUUGUUUAGCAUCCAAAAUACCAUAGUUUGUUUAUGCCAUCAAGUUAUAUAAAAUACCCAUAUACAACAAAACUAUGUACAAAAAUGAUGAGACUUCUUUGUCAUCAUUUUUUGUAAUAUUAAUUGGCCGUAAAAGAGAGCUUUUCCAAAUGUUUUCCCUAUUUAGUGACGCACCUUGGAGGCCACGGCACCCUUAGCAUCUGCCUAUUUGCCUAAUGGGCCACCCGGCUCUGUGUCUGUAGCUUGUUUUUCAUCAGCCAUCUGCAUAUUGUAAAUAUGAUAAAAAAAAAAAUACAAUUGCCAUUUUUGAGUGAUAAUGUAAAUGCAAUGGAAGGAAGUAAAAAAAAAAAAUCAUGUUUUUACAAAUAUUUAUGCUGAAAUGAAGGUAAUCAAAGUAUUCGAAGUGGCUGUAAUUGCAUCAGCAAUCAGUAGUGUGUCCACAAGACAAGCGUGAGAAGAGGAGGUCUAUGUGAUUUAGUUGUACACCUGCGAAGGAAACAGAUGAUGUUAUUUUGAUUGAUAUAUCCUUCCUCAAGCCUCUCUCACACAUGAUGAGUGCGUUGCUGUAGUCUUCCAUUAAACAGCUGGGCUGUGACUUAAAGCUAAUGGCAGAGCGCUGGAGGUGAACAAAGCUCUAAUGGCUUUUGGCAGAUUAGCGUCUCCUUUAAUCUGCGGGGGAAGACAAUCCUCUGCGCCGUCCCCCGAAGGACUGAGCUCUUUAAUGGAUAAUAGGUGUGUUGUGGUGCCCGCCUGUAAUUGCUCUUCACGUUUGGGAAUUGAAAAACACAGGCACCAUGUCCGUGCACUUCCCCCCUGAGGAACCCUGUUGUAUAGCACUUGGCAUAUUAUAGCAAGACCUUUGUCACGGUGACUGUAAACACCAAUAUCUGAAUGAUAUUCUUCACCUUUUCUUUAUUCAACACCAAUCCAGUGCAGGUUAUUCAACUUUUUCUGGUAGAAUUUUUGUUUUUUCUCCAGCAUAGACCUAAUUCUCUGUCGUAAUGGUCUGAUUUUAUUAUUGAAAUAUGCACCGGUGCCCCCCUCUGCCUGAUGCUGGACACCCUGACGCUAAGGUUUGUUUGUUUUGCUAAUUCAACAUGUUUUUCUUCCUCCUUACUCUUCCCAGUUUGGAAGGUGCAGGGAGCCACCUUCAUAUUCCCCUUUUUGUUUAUUAAAAUGCAAAAAUCCACUGACAGUAGUUGAAGACAUGCUUAUUUUUCUUCUUACAUAUUGUCGGUUAUAUUUCAUUUUUACGUUUAUACUUGUAUAGUAUUUGUUUUUUAAUCAUUUAAAUUUUGUAAUAUUUUAAAAGUAUUACUAUUAUAUAUAUAUUUUUUAUUUAUUUUGGAAAAAUGUACCGUGGACAGCAAACAGCCCCCAGACUGGACGUUGGACACCCCUGCUGUUGGAUUAUUGCGUUUUUUUUCUUUCUUUUUUUGCAGUUUAUUAAUUCACUUUUUGGGGGUGGGAACCCAUCAGAAAUUGGUCUAAAGAUACUGUUUUUGUCCCAUAUUGAAAUGUAAAGUCCUGUGACAUGAACACAAAAACUAUUGUUGCUUCAAUAGCAGGAUUGACGAGUGACAGAAAAGACAUUCCGUCUGGACGUUUCAUCAUUAAUAUCAUAUAUUAUAUGAUGUGUUAGAAACAGACAACAGAGUGUAAGGAAAUGUGGUAAAAACUUCAAAAAACAUGGCCAAGGAGUCAAGGAAACAAGGGUAACCAGGAUUACGCACUCUUGAUCUACUUGUGGACCGUGUUUCCCUUGGAAUUGUUGCUCAGUUUCUCCAAGCUGUGAGGGUUCCUUCCUGACUAUUGGAGUUGUACAGAGGUCUGUUGUUUUUGGAAUGUACAGAAGAAGUGGUCUGUGGGUUCUGAAAAAAGUUUGAGAAAUGCAUCCAUCCAUUUUCUACUGCUUAUCCUGUGGACUCAAGACAGUCCACACCAGGGGUGGACUCAAGGACCACUGAGUACAUUUUCUUAUUAUACAAUAUUGUAUUUACAGUAUCUAAUAAUAUUAUAAGUAUAAUAUUCUUUAUUAUUUAUUGAAUGUAUUCAUUUAACGUGGAGGUUGCUUUGCAUGACAGCAUGCUGGAAAUGUUCUAAUAACAAACCACUUCAAAAAACAGAAUAGAAUUUGAUGGGUUUUUAAUGAAUGAGACACCCAGCAUGUACAUGAAUAAAGGACUGACAGUAUGAACUAUAACACACUGAAUAUCAAGAGCAUGUGAACGUCCCUCCUUGUUUACUUCCCAGAUGGCCUCCGUUUUGCAGUCAAGCAAAUACACAGCAAAAAAGCAACAAACACAAAAACAAAUAAUUAUAAUGGACCACUUUUCUGCAGAACGUUGUCCCUCUCCAUCCCACGAGCUCCAGCUGCUCUGUACACAGGCCUGCCUUGUAUCAAAGCCUCGUCUUCCAGGAGCUGCUGUGUUGUAGUCCCUAUGAUUACCGUAAUGACCCGUAUAUACCUAGAAAGUCGCAGUCGCGCUCAGUAAAAAAAGUCAAAUAAAUGCACAGCUAGGAAGUCAGCAAGGCGCAGGGUGCUUUGCCUGGGCCCUCGAUUUUGCGGAACCACAUAGUACGGGGCAACUGGAUGACU